AUGGAGGCCAUUGUAUCGUAUUUUCUGCCUCUUUUCCUUCUUCCCCUCUCCCUCUAUCUCUUCUCGAUCAUCCUCCAUGGAAACGCCUCCGAUGAUCGUAAAAACCUCCCUCCCGGCUCCCGGGGCUGGCCUGUUCUGGGGGAGAACCUCAAGUUUUCCCGCAGCCCAGAGAAAUUCGUCGCAGAAAGAAUGUGGAAACACUCCCCAGAGAUCUUCCAAACCUCGUUGGUGGGCGCGAAAAUGGCCACAUUUUGCGGCGCGAAAGGCAACAAGUUCCUCUUCUCGAACGAGAACAAACUCCUCUCCUUCUGGUUCCCUCAAUCAAUGCGGAGAGUCCUGUCGUUUCCCCACAUCGCCGAGAGCAAUAUGAAGGUGGGCCCCGCCACCAAGAGCAUCCUCCACCACGACCUCUUGUCCCCCGGGGCCCUCAAGAAGCACGUGCCGGCGAUGGACGCGCUGGCGCGUGAGCACAUGGCGCGUCACUGGAGGCCUGGCUCGGUCGCGAGAGUUCUUCCGUUGGCGAAGAAGUACACGUUCGAGCUGGCGUGCGAGUUGGUUCUGAGCGAGGUCGAUCCCCGGCGCGUGAAGAGGCUCUCGGAUCCGUUCACUGCGGUGACGGAGGGGAUGCUCUCCGUGCCUGUGGAUUUUCCCGGGACGGCCUACAGGCGCGCGAUCAGGGGUGGCGAGGCGAUGAGGGAGGAGGUGAUGAGGAUUGUCCGGGAGCGGAGGGAGGAGUUGGAAGGGAGGAACGAGGGCGAGGGCGAGGGCGAGACGGGCGAUUUUCUGUCGAAGAUGGUGAUGGCGAGGGAUGAAGAUGGGCAGUUUAUGGGGGAGAAGGAGAUUUGUACACAAGUAAUUGGUAUGCUGGUGGCUAGCUAUGAUACAACAAGCUCUGCGCUUACUAGUGUCAUGAAUAAUCUUGCUCAACUUCCCCAUGUCUACAAUGAGGUUUUGAAAGAGCAAAUGGAGAUAGCAGAAUCAAAAGGCCCCGGUGAGCUGCUAACAUGGGACGAUAUCGAGAAGAUGAAGUACUCAUGGAACGUCGUGCGUGAAUCGCUCAGGCUCACGCCUCCUUCACUAGGAUCUUUUAGGGAAGUAGCAACUGAAUUCACCUAUGCAGGUUUCACCAUUCCUAAAGGAUGGAAGACGUUCUGGACAGCGUACUCGACCCACAAGAAUCCCAAUUGCUUCCCAGAUCCGGAGAGGUUUGAUCCAUCGCGGUUUGAGGGGAGUGGGCCAGCACCUUACACGUUCGUUCCAUUUGGAGGAGGGCCAAGAAUGUGCCCGGGGAAAGAGUAUGCUAGGCUUGAAUUGUUGGUUAUGAUGCAUAAUGUGGUGACAAGGUUUAGACUUGAGAAGACUAUCCCAAAUGAGAAAAUAGUUUACCAUGCUACGCCUACGCCGGUCUAUGGCCUCCCGCUUCGUCUUCAUCCUCAUCAAAAAUAG